AUGGGCGCCCGCCACCCCUCCCGCCGGCGCUGGCGGUGGGAGCCCGCGGCGCUCCUCGGCCCCUGCACGGAGCAGGGCGGCUGCCGGCGGGGCUGUGGGUGCCGGAGCGCGGGGGAGCGACGGCGGCGGGGCCUGUUUCCCAGGGAAGGAAAAAGCGCUUAUACAGUACAUAAAUGCGGCUGCGAGGAGGGUUUCCUGGCGGCCUCCCCGCCCGCCUCCCCCGGCGGCUCCCCCAAGGGCUCGAGGCCCGGGUCGCCGCUGCCCACGCCGCAGGCGCCGCGGGUGGAUCUGCAGGGCGCCGAGCUCUGGAAGCGCUUCCACGAGAUCGGCACCGAGAUGAUCAUCACCAAGGCGGGAAGGCGGAUGUUUCCCGCGAUGAGAGUGAAGAUCUCAGGUUUAGACCCACAUCAGCAGUAUUAUAUUGCUAUGGAUAUUGUGCCAGUGGAUAACAAAAGAUACAGGUAUGUUUAUCAUAGCUCCAAGUGGAUGGUCGCUGGUAAUGCUGACUCCCCAGUACCGCCUCGCGUUUAUAUUCAUCCUGAUUCACCCGCUUCUGGGGAGACAUGGAUGAGACAAGUGAUCAGCUUUGACAAACUGAAGCUUACCAAUAACGAGCUGGAUGAUCAAGGGCAUAUUAUCCUUCACUCUAUGCAUAAAUAUCAGCCUCGUGUCCAUGUCAUCCGAAAAGAUUGUGGUGAUGAUCUCUCCCCUGUCAAGCCCAUCCCUUCAGGAGAAGGGGUGAAAGCCUUCUCCUUUCCAGAGACAGUUUUCACUACUGUCACAGCAUACCAAAAUCAACAGAUAACUCGUCUGAAGAUUGAUAGGAAUCCAUUCGCCAAAGGGUUUAGAGAUUCGGGUCGUAACAGAAUGGGACUGGAAGCUCUGGUAGAGUCCUAUGCCUUCUGGAGACCUUCUCUAAGGACGCUUACAUUUGAAGAUAUACCUGGGAUACCCAAACAAGGAAAUGCAGGUUCCUCUACUUUACUCCAGGGAUCUGGCAGUGGAGUGCCAUCUACCCACCCUCACCUUUUACCGGGUUCCCCUUGCUCAUCUCCAGCCUUCCACCUCAAUCCCAACACUAGCCAGCUGUGUACCCUUGCUCCAGCUGACUACACAGCUUGUGCCCGCUCAGGCUUGACCCUGAACAGAUACAGCACUUCCUUGGCUGAAACCUACAACAGGCUCACAAACCAAACCAGUGAGACGUUUGCACCCCCGAGGACUCCCUCCUAUGUCGGUGUGUCGAGUAGCACAACUGUGAAUAUGUCGAUGAGUGGCAAUGAUGGGGAUGCAUUCAGCUGCCCACAGACUGGCUUAUCUAUGCAGAUUUCAGGGAUGUCUCCACAGCUCCAGUACAUCAUGCCAUCCCCAUCCAGCAAUGCCUUUACCACUAAUCAAACCCACCAAGGCUCCUACAACACGUUUAGACUGCACAGUCCCUGUGCUCUCUAUGGAUAUAACUUUUCCACAUCUCCUAAACUGGCUGCCAGUCCUGAGAAAAUCGUUUCUUCCCAAGGAAGUUUCUUGGGGUCCUCGCCAAGUGGAACCAUGACGGAUCGGCAGAUGUUGCCCCCUGUGGAAGGAGUGCACUUACUUAGCAGUGGGGGGCAGCAAAAUUUCUUUGACUCUAGGACCCUAGGAAGCUUGACACUCUCGUCUUCUCAAGUGUCUGCACAUAUGGUUUGAUGAAGCCUUUAAGUAAAAGUACAGUAUGUUUGGUGUCUACAAUGUAUUUCUUUUGGAAUAUGAAGGGACACUCGAUGUAGCUUGUAAAGUGCGUGUAUAUAUAUAUAAUAUGAGAGGAAGUUUUACUGAAAUUUUGACUUGCUUGUGGCCAGAUUAUUUUCCUAUUUUGAGUUACACAGAAUUUGCUCUGUUGCAGACUGCUUUAGUUUUCUGGUAUAAUACACUUAGUUGUAUAACACAUUGGGACAUAUGCAACAAAUUAAGCAAGACUUCCUCCCCUUUCCCCCUCCUCUGUUCCAGCGCCUUUAAAGAACGAAAUGACACUUGGAGUAUUAAACAACACAAACAAGCCCACUUACCCAUUUCCUAUAGCACUAGUGAGUUUCUUUAAAACAUUCAUGCAAUGAUAAGCUGAUACACCAAAGGCAUUUUACAAGUUUCUUCUCUGUUAUAAGGGAUACAAAGGAUAUUUGGACUUGUAAGUGUUGAGCAUGAAGCAUCUAGCCUAAAAUAGAAGUUUAGCUAAUGGAUUAUUUACAAAGUAAAUUGAAAGAUUAGUUUGCCUUCUCAUGAUACAUUGUUUUUAGCUUAUCAACAGCACAGCAUUCUCACUAGGAUUUUUUUUUUCAGCAUUAGUCUAGAUUUAUGGUUAGAUAUUUGAAGACUAAUAAUGUGUAUUCAAAUUGUGGUGAUAGAAAUAAUUUAAACCAACAGCACUAGAAGCAGCAUUCCUUAGUACGGAAUGAAGUUCAGGUUGCUUAGUUUUUGUCAAAGGAAGGGCUUGAUGCAUUUUUUCCUCCAUAAAUAUUGCCUAUAAGACAUUUACUGGACAGUAGGAUAUUCUAAAGUAUCUUUGUUUCUGUAUUUUUACUUUUUUUAAAGGAAAAUGCAGGUUUGAUUUAGAAAAAAAAAAGUGAGCAAAAUGAGAAAUUCCAUUAUUGGUUUUACCUGUUUUGUUUGUGUGUUUGUUGUGUUUUGGAUUUGGUUUGGUGUUUUUUGGUUUUUUUUUUUGUUGUUUGUUUGUUUGUUUUUAGUAAGGGCAAAAGUAUCUCAGUGUCUCAAAAAUACAUCACCUGUAUCAGUUAGGCAGAUGACCCAGUUUGCCCACAAGUGUUUCUGGAAGCAGAACAUGGUCAUAGCUGACUUCCUGUUGCUUUAUUUCUGUCAGCGUUUGUCCUGGAAUUGGAGAGGCUUCCUUCAUUCCCACCUCUGGUUUUUAAAUGGCACUUGUAAGAACAUAGAUCACAAUCUGCUCCUGACCACACUUCUCCAGAGUGACAAGGACACAAAGAAACACUUGUCAUGGUGAAAUUUCUGCCCUCAUCUGCACCUGUACAGCACAGGUGUGUAUCAGUCCUUCUGCAAAAGCUGCCUCUCAGCUGCCCUGUCAGAGCUUAACCACAGAGGUUGUAGAACUAAUUUUGAUGCUUGAGAGGACAGGUCAUCUUCAACAGUAUGCUAAGCCUCAUUUAUAUUGUGCAGGUGGUACAAAGGCAUUAUAAGGUGGGUACAAAUAUAGAUGAAAAUGUUUCCCCAAUAAGCAUUGAAGAAGAUUAAGGCCUUUCAAGUUUUACGCUAGAUUUUUUUUGUGAAAGUGAAUUUUCAUGUUUCUCAAGUGUUCCUAUGUCUUUUCUAGCAAAUAGUGCACUUAACCACUCCCACUUCAAGAAGGACUCAUUUCAGCUUGCAUUUCAUUAGUGGGAUGGAGAUAAUGCAGGCAGAAACAGCCCUCUUGCUAUCUCCUCUUAUUAUGUGGGAAUAGAAGAGAAACCACAACUAUCUUGAAGCCUGUGCCUGCAGAAUGCUUUAUUUUUAUUGCUUGCAUAUUUGUUUCUGUUAAAGAAGAUACAUAUAAAGUUCUCAUUCAAAGUUAGAAAGACAAGAGGAUGCAAUUGAGGAGAUGUGGGUUUGCUUCUUUGCUGUUUCAAACUUCCUAAGUGACCUUGAGCAGUUCACUCAGUCUCUCUAUAUCAGACUUUUUUUCUUCUGUAAAAUGUGAUAAUAGCACUUCAUGCCUCGUAGAAAAGGGUGACAGUAUAUUGAAGAUGAAGAUCAUCUUUACAUCUUCUGUGCUGUGGACAGUAUGUUACAGAUGAAUGGCUAGGAAGUGUUCAUAUACAAGGAUAAGAAAGAGCAUUUGUGUACUUCAGGUCUGAUGCUGGUUUUGGCAUUGCAGUGUCCUUGAGGCAGAUCUUAAAGAAAAGACCUGCAAUGCUGAAAAUGCUAUUCAAACUCACACUAAUGAUUUUUUAAAUGGUUCUAAGAUGUGUACAAGAUGGGCAAGUUUUCAGUUAUGUAAAUUGUCAUAGCUUUAUUGGUUUAAAUUAAUAAGUAACUUGUGUAUAGUAAUUCUUGCUCCAGCCAAAACUUUGAGAUUUUGUAGUUGGACAAAUUUUUAAAUGGCAAAGAUGGUACAAUUAAUCUGUACUUGAAAAAGGGUAAUUACCCAUGUUAUCUUAAGGGCUUUGACUAGGUAGAAAUGUGGAAGAGCUAAAUCAUGCAUGUUCUUACGAGGAGAAAAAAAGGGUUGUGCAUGGAUGUUCAUGGAGGUGCUCCUGACAUGACUUUAUCAUCUGGGAAUUUUUUAGAACUGGUCUCUUAUUUUUCCUCAAAUUACUUUUAUCAUAUAACCACACAAUAUUGUUUCAUUUGUUCCUUAAAAUUUGAAUCAUAUUGUAAAUACUGGUGUGUCAUUGUGAAAAGACUAGCUUUUUAUCAAUACAGUAAAUGCUAUAUAUGCAUUAUAUCUAUAAUUAUAUAUCUGUAUUUUACAAAAAUGCCACAGAAAAUAUAUUAAAGUGUGUAUUCAAACACUUUUUACUACAUUUGGAAAACUGAGAGGCUUGGGCCUUUUUUUUCUCUACAACUUCUGGAAGAACAAAGGAAGUGACUCUGAGGUAAGCUCUGGGUUUCAGAGACUUAAUACAACGAGCUGCAGCUAGUCCACAAUUCUUACAUGGUUCAGUUUAACCAUCUGCCAUUGAAUCUCUCUAUUAUUUGUACACAAAGAUCCCAACAGAUGUUGUGUACAAGGAGAUACUGAGGCUGAUAGCAGAGCUCUGAGGGUUUUACAUGGGAAAACGGGACUGAGCUGCUUGCCGGGCUCUUUAGCCAGUGAUGGAACUUGGUUGCUUCCUUGUAGCCCAUGGCAUCCCAUCUGCUAAGAACAAUUCAGCUGCUCCCUAUCAACUGGAUCUGGGAAGUUAGCACUUCCGUGCGACUUGAGCACGGUACUCUGUGCUUGGUACUCUGCCUGUUUUCUCUCUCUGCUGUUUCUUUGGUCAUUUGCUCUCUGUUCUGCUAGUUCUAAAUGCAGAAAUCUAUUGAUUUGACAAUUUGCAACCUAUAAUCAUCUGACUGUACUGUUACUCAGCAAUGAGCAACAUUUCUUCGUCAAGAAAUACUGUUAUGCAUAGUGGCCUUAUUUCCUAUUGUACUGCAAUAAAUGAUUCUCUGUGACAUAGGGCAGAGGGCCUGAAAAUCUGAUUACUUCAGAGACUCUGGUUUCAUAGUCACUUAACACCAGCAUUGUUGCAAAUGACCAGAAUUAGGGCAAGAGAAGUAGGCAUGAAAUGCUUGAUCAUAAAUAUCAGGCCUCCAGAGAGAAUGAAAGCUUCUGUUUUUAAUAAGAGCCUUUUUUUUUUUUUUUUUGAAUAGCACAGUCAGAUUCUGAGAGGGCUCAUUUCUGCUGCAGCAAUGGACAUCAGGAGAAAGCUGAAAAUCAUGGAUAUUGUUGUCUUUAAU